AUGAAAGAGGUGACGAAAAUGUUAUAUUGUGCAUUGUUGGUAACAAAAGUGAUUUAUCAGAUGAAAGGCAAAUCUCAACCGAAGAGGGAGAGAAAAAAGCAAAACUAUUGGGUGCUAAAAUCUUUAUGGAAACGUCCACAAAGGCAGGCUAUAAUGUCAAAGCUUUAUUCAAAAAGAUUGCCAAAUCGCUGCCUGAAUUUCAAAACAGCGAGUCAACUCCUUUGGAUAGCGAAAAUGCAAAUAGUGCAAACCAAAAUAAACCGGGAGUCAUUGAUAUUUCUACAGCAGAGGAGCAGGAACAAAGCGCUUGUCAGUGUUAGCACCUAA